ACAUGGCGAUGGUUGUGUGAAUUUCUGUCUCGUCUUGUUCUCAGAUUGCCGCUCGUUAGUUCACCACACGCGCCCGCUACCUCCUACAAAGGCAAGAAACUAGGCUUUCCCGUCUCAGCCGCAAAAAUCACUUUCCGCCUCGAAGACGUUUCGUGCUCAGUGACCGGAAGUGCUGUGUCCGUGUAUCUGCCUGACAACCGCCAAAAAAGGACAAGUCAGUUCGUUACUUUUUUGGGAUCCUGUCGCGAGGAUUUGUAUCGUGACGUUUUCACUUCCAAGUUGACUCUUACGCUUUGCGCUCACGCCGUUUUCCCUGCCGUCGUCAUCGUGCCCGUGUUUGCCUUUCGAAAUCCCCCCGGCCGUCGACGCUUGCAAAUGUCAAUGAACGACAGCUGAUUGUGUCAGGCGCUCCUUGACGUUUCGUGUACCUGUUCAGGUUGCUCGGGUGCAAGUCAGGUUUGUGGUAAAUUCAGGUUCAGUACAGCAGCGCGAAGGCGAAAGGUGGUACAUUGAGAACGCAGUGCCAAUCAGAAUUAGCUUCGUGUGGGAAUCCGACUCUGGCUGGCGUUACGAGUCUUUUGUGCGUGUUGCGCCGUGAAUUUUGGAACCAUUUUGGCCGUUUGUGCGCGUGGAAAGGAAGAUAAUUGUGCUGAAAUCAUUGUCGGAAGUGGUGAUUGGUGCGGAAAAGAAAGGUGAAAGAAGUGUUGCAUAAGUGCGGACAGCUCGGUCGCUAGUGGACCGCGCCGCUUGUUGGUUACUUGGUCAGUUUCGUGGUCGGGAUUCGGCUGCGAGGCGCGCAGUUUAAACUGGUCGUUCGGUGACUAGUUGCCCAACCUCCGCCAAGCUAUCUACUGUCUACGUUGGACUCUGUGAGUCUCAGGUCGAGGAGUCUUCGUCACCGCCAGUAUCGUCAUCAUGGAGGCUAUGGAAUAUGAAAUGGCCCGCAACAUGACGCUCCUCUUCUUUUUGGAGCGUCUGCUGGACAAGGGCGAGCCGCGCACAGUUCACGAUCUCUCGUGCCAGUUCGGCGCUAAGGGAUUUACUAAGGAAAUGCGACAGAUCGCGGGGGGCAGCCAGUCAGGACUCAAAAAAUUUCUAGCGCAAUAUCCUUCAUUGUUCCUUAUAAACGGCGACUACGUUCACGUUAAUUCAUAUCAAUCAAAUUCAUCAGACGAUCCAAACGGCGUUUAUGGAGGCGGUAAACGCGACUACAUCCAAGAGUCUAAAGACUACUUCAAAAAUAAAAUGCUUCAAUAUGGUGCUGGUACAGAAGUUCCAAUCAAAAGUUUAUUGGGUCACAGAAGUCAAGCUUCACCACAAGUACGACAUAUCUCAGGGCAACAUAUCAAAGAGUUUACAGAGUUCUUAACAAAACAUCCAGACACAUUCAAAGUAGUAGAUGAUCAUGUUAUUCUGGUGGGUGUUGAAGAACAUGAAUUCGCUCCAGCUGCCGAACGUUUACAUUUACCACAAGCUUCCAUCGAUACUCAAGCGACACAGCAAUUACUUGAUUUCUUUGCACAGUGCAUUGAACUGAAAGGUCCGAUUCUUGUCGACCAACUCUUCCAUUUGGUUACAACAAAGUUCCCCCAAGACCAAUGGUUUCGGAUGUUCAAAACGCCUAACGAUCUGACCACCUUCCUCCGAAUCUUUUCCGAUUGUUUCCAUAUCCAAUCCAAUCUAGUCACCCUGUUACAAAAACCAAAAUUGUCGGAUUCACACAUACAGCAAGCACAAGCAAAAUCGCGUGAUCAAUACAACACAAUGAAUAACAAUAAAGUGAACAAUAACAACAACACGACGGUGAAUAUGAAGAGGGCUGGGUCGCCCCGCGACGGGAACAUUAGCAGCAAUAAUAACAAUAAUGCGAGUAAUAAUAACAACAGUAUUAAUCCUUCGGUGGGAGAUUUCAAGCUAGACGAGCCUGUGACGAAUAUGAAUUCAUCAACUCCGCCGCCGCAGAGUAAGAGUGAGCCGAAUAGUGGGUUCGAUAGCUAUAUUCCUACGGAUCAGGAGAUAGUUCUGGAGAACCUCUGUGAUCGUAAUUGUCCUAGCCCUUCCCUUGGCUCAUACUACGCGAACAACUUACAACAGCCGCAACCUCAAUUGAAUAACCUUUCACCAUCAAACGCAAGCAACCUUGAACGCAUUAGUGUUAUGAACAACAAAAAUCAAACACUGAAACAACGUAUUAACAAUUUAGUGAUAAGAACUCUAGCUGAGAAUCUAGAAAAAGACAAGCAAUCCCUGGCCCAGAACAACAUGAAUGCAUCCAAUGAAUCCAAAGCUGUGGGUGCACCGAAUUCGAGUCCUGUCCAUUCAUCUUCUAUAAAUUAUUUCGUCGGGGACACAUGGAAAAUUAAGAUCUUCCAAAAUACCCGCGUUAUUUCCACUAUAAAAGAAAGUGCAUUUGUAACGGAAGCGAUUCUGAAAUUCGCCCAAAACGAUCAGGUUGUGAUUUCAUUAGAUUGCGAGGGAAUCAAUUUGGGAAUAAAAGGGCAAAUGACAUUAAUUGAAAUUGGCACGACAAGGGGUGAAGCGUUCAUUUUUGAUAUUCUCACGUGCCCCGAACUCAUUACCGAUGGUGGAUUGAAGGCACUCCUGGAGAGUGAGAAUGUUAUCAAAGUCAUACACGAUUGCCGUAAUGAUUCGGUGAAUUUGUAUACUCAAUUCGGGAUUUUAUUGCGGAAUGUCUUUGAUACACAGGCAGCUCAUGCAGUCCUCCAAUUCCAAGAGAGUGGCAAACAAGUGUACAAGGCCAAAUAUGUAUCAUUAAAUUCACUAUGUGAAAUCUACAAUGCUCCCAUGAAUCCGAUGAAGGAUCAAUUGAAAAAUAUAUAUCGCCGCGAUCAGAAAUAUUGGGCUAAACGGCCAUUAACACGUGAUAUGUUGCUGUACGCUGCCGGCGAUGUUUUAGUUUUAAUUAAUGAACAAUUGUAUAUAAAUAUGGCUAAAGCAAUAAAACCUGAAUCACGUCAACUUUUCUCCGAUUUAUGCACGGAGCAAAUUCUAAUGCUCAUUCGACCGAAUGAAGUGAAAAUACGCAAAAAACAAAGAAAAAUCAGUACUGAAGUGGCUGAUCUCAAACAGAAAUUGUCGCAAACUAAUAAGAAUAUUGUUCUCAGCAAUAGAGAGAUUAGGUUGUUAAGGUACAUGAAUUUAACAGAAGAAGAGAAGGAAAGACUUAAAGGUUUCUACAAGGUAGCAAAGAAACUUGAAAAGAUGGAAUACGGGCAGCAAGAUAAAGAACACAGCGAUUCAGAGGACGAACAAGAAACUAACGAACAAGACAACUAUCCAAGUCUUGAUAGUGUGCCAUCGGAUAAUUCCCUAACGGGAGGUACAUUCUCACCACGAAAUUCCGAACCGCCAAGCUUGACAGAAUCAAUGCAACUCAUGGAUGAAAUCUUGUCUAACACUUCCUUGGAUCGAAUGGCACGAAUUGAUAAAUUGGAAGCUAUAUUAUCGGCAGCUACUUUAUUGCCAAGUGAUCAGAUAUUCACUUCGUCCGAAGUCAACGAUCAACUUGGAACAAAUUACGCAACGACUGAAAAUUUGCAAAUCAUUCGAGAGAAGGCGAAAAACGUAAAGAAUUGCGCUUGCAAUUGUCACCGUAGCGGCGGUGGUGGAGAUUCCACUGGUAACAGUCGCAGUGCAACGCCUAAUCCCAAACCACCUCAGGAAAUUCAAAGAAAUCAAGCUGCAUCACAAACACUGAGUACGGGUGAUAUUGUUAUAACGAAAAUUUUCUUCCAAGAGGAUCAAGAGAAGGCUCAAGAAAAAGUUCUACUUUCAUCUCCACGACGUGCAGUUGGGCAAACGCUUAGCAAAUGAGUAAACUGAAAAUCAGAAUAAAUGAAUGAAAAUGUUUUUAUCAUUGCAGUAAUUAUUAUAAAGAAAAUAUGGAACGAAUAUGAAAGUUAGCAUAAAUACAAGAUUUUUUUUUUAUAGAUUGUAUACUAUAAUUUUCAUAAUUUAUUAUAAAUUAAUUUUGAUUUUAUCUGACGGUUUCAAGGCAGACUUAAAUUGUAACUAAUUUCGUCACUGGCUUUAUUUUCAAACGAAACGAGAAGAAAAUAAAGUUGACUAAGCAGUGGUUAGAAAUAAGGUCAUUUAUUUGAUUUACUAAGUAUUGAAGCGGUAAAUGCAAGAAAAAAUAUUAAAUUUACUUAAUUUCUAUUAAAAGUAAUUUAGUAAAUUAUAAUUCCGAAGGUGAGGACUUUCUUGACUUAUCCUUUGAUGAUUUUUCAAUUACGCUCCAAUAUCUAUUUGUUUCUUGCUUUUAUGAAAAUAUUCACAAUUUACGUAUCAUCUGAAAGUUUUUAUUAAAAAGUCAAUUAUUCUUAGGUCUUUAACGGUGAAAACGGUUGGUGCUUCUGUUGAAAAUGAAGGCAGUUAGGUAAAGGUAAACUUCAGUUGUUUAAAUUUGGAAUUAUUGGAAGAUUUUAUGAAUUAUCCUAAGUAAUGUUAUUGACAAAUCAAAUUUGAAGCAAUUACAGAAUUUAAUUCUUACUUUGAAAGUAAUGAUCCAGCUUUUUAUAUUCUUGGAAGUGCCUUUGAACAGUCUUGGUUGUCCGGCUUAAUCGUAUCGUACUUCUUCUGCAUUAUAAUCCAUUAUUCGGAAGUCAAAGUAUUUCUUUGUUAUUUCUUGUUGCGAAAGUUUACCUUUACACACGUCACAAUUUAUGAAGGAAAAUUAUAACUCUAAUCCGUUGAUUACGGAAAACUAUCUACUUUUGCUUACAAUAUCUAUUCUAAAUCAUGUUUUAACUAUAAUAAGAAACGACGGAUAUUAGCAUAACACAAAUAGGUGAAAAGUGAUUGAUAAGUUAAGAGAAAAUUGUACAUAUCAACAAUUCAACUGAUUCAAUUGAAACUGAACGGUAAAAUGACUAGAUUCAAAAUUAUUGUAUAUGUUAAAGUAUUGUUUGUUAAAAAAAUGUGAAGAUGAUAUCCCAAUUGUAGCAGAAUGCUGAUGAUAACAUUCAUUGAACUGUAGAUUGUAGAGUGAAAUGAAAAUUUUGUACCUUACGAAUGAAAAAUAAGAAAACAUUUCUGUCUUUUAGUAGUUUCUAAGCUUAAAGUGAGAUUGCUUCGGAAAAAAACUGAAAGUAACUUCAAAGUUUUUCGACAAAGGUCUAAAAUUAGGAACGUUAUAUUCAUCAAUCAUAUUUAUACAUUGUUUAUUUUUUGGCCUAAAAUUAUAUGCAAUCAAUAUUUUAUUCGAGAAAAAGUCCUUAAACAAUAUUAUCCUGAAUGUAUUGAGGGGAAUAUUUAUGAUUAUGUGACUAGAACAAGAAAACUUAAAUAAUCAACUGUAGUCUAAUAUGUGAACGCAAUAAUUCCCAUUUGCGUUUUGAAAGACAUUCGGACCAAACCAUUUAACCCGAUAUUUGUUGUUAUAAACUGUACGACUCUAAAUGAUAUUCACAUAAAAUAGUUUUUGUUACACAUACUAAAGUGAUAUUUGAAUUUGAUUUUUGAUAUCAUAUAUACAAUUAUUGAUGAUUUAGUUAUCCUAGAAUUUUUUUGGCGAGGAUAUUUAAUCCAAGUUGAGGCGAAGAACCUAAAUAUUAAAAGAAAACUUUAAAAUUAUAUAUAUUAUAACAUUUAUAGCAAAACACACUACUCCUAUUAUUAGGUUAACUAAUUUCGUUUUGAAAUGGCUCUAAUGGUGAGAAGUUGCGAGAAUAAGAAGAAAUAUGCAAUUGCGUUGAUAAAUGCGUGGGUAUUCGAAGACAGUUUUGUCAAAUUUGAGAAAAACGAUAAAAAAAAUAACAAAUACAAAAGCCAUAUUUAUGCAAUUAAACGAA